UAAAUAUUAUGUGUGUGUGUACAGAAAAAAGCGCAAUAGGGAAGUCGGCCACAAGAAAAAGAGCAAAAGAAAUGAAAACAACUUGUACAAUUAUUAUUUAUAACAAAAAUGUGUGACUCUAAUCAAAUAUGUUAACCGGUCGGAAUGUGAAAAAGCCCACAGUGGCCACCAAAUAACAAUAUCACAUAAAAACAGUCGGCGCAGCAUCGAUUUUUUCAAAAUACACGCGAUUGAAUCGUUCGUAGUAGCACCUUAAAUCCAAUAUUUGUAAAGCUUUCGCCUUAUCGAUGGCAUAGAAAACCCCUCCUUUUCAAAGAAAACAGAAAAAAAAAAUACAAGAAAUAUAGAUAAAAAUCAUAGCCGAAUGCAUUGGAAAAGGUUUGGUCCAGAUAGCAAUAUACAUAAUAAUGGUCAUCGAUAAUUUGUAUUUCCAAGGAAAAGGAACUGAAGUGUAAUCCACUGGAAGCUUUACGUAGCAAAAGAAAUGGACACAUCAAAUGCCAGCGCUAAAUCAAAGACGUCUGCGUCGGGCAGCAGUAGUAUUAAUGGUAUAGGAUCCCAAAUUAAGCAUAUAUCAUCGUCGCAGGACAUCGGAUCCUCCGUUCCCGCUGUCCCAGUCCAGGAUGAGAAGAGCGAGUCACACUCCCACUCACAUUCACACUCCAGCUCACAGUCGUCCCAGUCGCAGUCACAGCCACAGUCCACAGUGCUCACGGUAGUGGGUCAGAGUAUAUCCAAGAGUUCGACCGGCGCCCUGGCGGUACUGCAUCUUCCUCCGCCGACGGCGACCGCCUUAGUUCAAGCAAGUGCCAAUAUAGCCGAUCUGGGCUCCAUGCCGCGUGCACGGCCAUCGUUUGUAUCUAACACCUCCUCAACGACGACGACGACGACGGCGACGUCGGCAUCGGAUGGCGGCAAACCCAUGGCCGUUGCAGCGAUUCCACCGGCAUCACCCGUCUCCACAUCGGAGCCCACCUGUCUACCUGUUUCGGCGGUAUCGAUGGCUCCCAGUGUCUGUGACUUUGACUCCGACACGGAACUCUCGAUUGUGGCAGCCGCAGCGGCCGUCUCUGCCUCAGCCGGCAUAGAUUCGCGAUCCCCGACGUCUCCUUCGACUGCGGCGGCAUCCACGAUAAUGCCCCAGCUGAAUUCCAGUGCGGGUGGAGGAGGAGGAGGAGGAGGCAAUGCUAACACAGCCGGGAUUCAGACUGGCUUCGGAGCGGGAUCAGGAGCGGUGGCUGCGGGGAACACCAAUGGCCACAGCACCACCUCCAGCAGCAGCACUCACCUGAGUCUGAAUGCCAAGCAACAGCGCCAGCAGAAACGCCGGAGGGAACGUGCCCAGCGUUUGCAAGCGGAACGCGACAGUCGUUGCAAUGCCAGCUCGCUGAGUGGCACCUUCAUAGCCGGAUCCUCUGUGGGGGUCGGCAGUGCCAUGAGUGCGGCCAACGGGGGCCAGGGAGGUGGCCUCAUCACGCCCAACAGCGGCGUCGGUGGCGGAUCAUCGGCGGUUGCAAUGGGCAACGGAUCGGCGGCGGCAGGACCCGGCAACAAUGGCAUGAUCUAUCACAUCAACAGCGCUGGCAGCAUGGGCGAGGAUAGCAACAACUCAAAUGGAAACUUCACCAGCAGCAGCAAUGGCAGCAAUAAUCUGCUGCCGCCCACAGAUAGUAUUGCAUCGUUACUCCUAAAUCCACCACAUUCCCCCGAGUGCAACUCGGGACUGAUGGCCACGCCUAGUGAUAGCGAGGGUGAGUCGCUGGAUGAGGAUCUGCUAUCGACCUCGUCCUCGUCGACACUGCUCUUGCCACGGGACAAGCCACCGCCUCGACCACCACCUCCGGUUCGAAGAAAGCUGCCACGAUCUCCGGUGCUCGAGGAGGAAAUCAUCGAUGGAUUCGCUAUACUGGAGUUUAAGACAUACGAGGAUCUUGAGUUUGCCAUCAAAUUGGGACAGAAGCGGAAGGAGAAGCGACUUUCCGCACUGGACGAGCUAACUUGUACCUACAGUAUAGAGGAAAUGAAAAUCCCAAAGGUUAUAGAUACUGGUCAAUCGCAACCGUUGCGUGUCACCAGCCUGUCCACUUUGACCGUUAACAAUAACAACCUGAAGGAGAACCCGCAGCCAACCCUUCAUCGUGGGGGCAAUGUCAUCAGCAACAAUAAUAACAAUAACAGCAGCAACAACAACAACAGUAUCACCAGCAAUGGCCCCAAUGCGAACAGCAAUAGCAGCAGUUUAUCCAACGUGGUCUACCUGCUGCCAUCUGUGAACAUGGGCAGUGUUCUGGAGACGGAAACCGAGCCCAGAGAUCAUUGGCGAUCCGAGUAUGGGCAGCAGCAAGACCAAUUGCAAUCGGACAAUAGCGCAAACAUUAAGAGUAAUAAUAUUAGUGAUGAUAAUCAAAUUAACAAUAGUAGCCACCAAAUAAACCACACCAACAACCAAUCGACCAAGCAACAGCAGGCGGAUGGUGGUUGCAAUGCGGCGAAAAUGCAAGUGAACAGUGCUACUAGUACUAGAUUUUUGGAGAACGACAACGAUUCACUUAUGUUGGAUAUCAGCCUGCCAUCGCUGGGCGUUGGUGGCGCCGUAUCGCAUAGUCAUGACCAUAUUGACGUUGGUGUAAUUCACGCCAGUUGUACUGGCAGCAGCGACACCAAAAAAUCUCACAAUUCCCCCGCCACGAGUAACACUAUUGACCAAUUGCAUGUGACAAAACCGCUGCCCUCGCACCAGCUCAAUAAUCUAAUAUCAAGUGAUCUUAAUGCCGCUGCAAACGCAAACAGCAAUCACCUGGGUGUCUGCAAACUGGGCUCGCAAUCAGCACAGGUCCCAAAGUCGAUUGGUUUGGAGAACAUUGAAACCGUGACGACAUCUGCGGCCUGCCGCUCUCUGGAGAUCCAGGAGUUAGCCAAUGCUUCAGCGCAAUCCUUUGGGGCCAGCAGCAGCAGCAUAAAGAAAGAAAUCGAGCAAAGUGAUCUUUUGAAUGAUGCUUCAACCAAUUGUAGCAGCAACAGCAAAGGAAAUAAUAUCUGUGAUAAUGUCAGCAAUGAUAAAAAGAAUUCUGAACAAAUAUUUGAUAUUGACAACCCCACAACGCCCAUGAACGUUUCAAAUGCUUCUUCGUGUCAGGAUCGAGCGACUUCCCGCAAGUUAUCCGACCUGCCACACCUCAAGAAAAAGAGUGCGGCGUGCGGAGAUAGGGAUAAUGGCGCAUUUGCCGGAGUACCUUUUGCGCCGUCGAUGGGCACAGUGUCUGCGGGAAUUCCGGAGAGCGAUCCAAGUAAAGCUUUAAACAUUAAGAGUGCAUCGGAGAGUGCGCAGGCCAAGGUGAUCCAUGCUGGUGCUCCGGUUCCACCACCUGCGGCCAGCGUGGGCGAUCCUGGGAAUAGAGAGCUGGGUGUGCUGCAGAAAUCCUCGCCCGAUAAGGCGCUCUAUCCCAGCUUGUGUGCUCCGCCAUCGGUUUCGUCAGUGCAAUUUCCCAACGUUGGAAUAUCAGCUGGAAAUGAGAAAAUUGCGUCAACAGUUGCAUCUGACAUCGAUCAAAAGAUUAUUUUCAACAGCAAGGCAACUGUUUCAAACGGAUUGCCAUCGGGGGUGCAACGGUCAAUUGUUCCAUUACUAUCUUCUGCGCCAUCGCCGGCUGCAGUUACACUAAGCAGUCCAUUCAGCGCACACAUUGCAGCACCGAAUGCUGCCGGAUUAUCAAUACUAAGUUCGGCAUCGAGUGUGAUUCUAGCCAACAGCAGUAUAAAAUCAAACGAUAGCUUUACACGUGGUAACGGCAACAGCAACAGCAACAAUGGAAGUUCCAAUGGCCAGGGACAAUUGCCGUCGGUGGGAUUGUCGAGCACUUCAGAGAUUGCGAAAAGUAAUUCGGUACCAACGUCCUCACCUCCCAAUCCCAUAGUCAAUGGCUUCCUUAGUGUUUAUCCGCCGCCUGCUACCAUUGCAACGUCGUCCGUAACAACAAGUGCGUUGCCACGCGUCUCGCCCAGCGCAGCCAAUAAAUUAGUGCCACCGGUCUCCACAUCCAUCUCGAUAAACACAAACUAUGUUGGAAUUCCUGGUGGAACGACGGCAACUUCCGGUAUGGGUAAGGUGGUUUUUGGCGCUGGCGGCAAUGCCAUUGUGGGCACAGGCUCUCCACUGCUUUUUCCUGGAGCACCGCCCGCUCCCAUUUCUCAUGUGGCCACUGGCGUGCCCAUGAUCAUCCAGGCCCCGCCAUACCGAGCUCCAUAUACGAAUUACCCCCUCUACACUCCAUAUAGCGGCCUUACACACGGGUCGUACCUGCCUCCAGUAUUGCCGGUUGCCCCGUCCAACCUACCGCCCACACAACAUCGCAGCUCGGAUAGUCGCAACAGUCGAGAAUCGCCAGCAUCCUUGAAGUCAACACCAUCCAAUAUUGGAAUAAGUGUCUCCAUGGCACCGACCCUGCGAUCCAUCACGCCACUUAAUAAUAGCAGUGCAAUUUCUAGCGGCGCAUCGCAGCCCGUUGUGUCGGUGGUACCUACGGCGAACUCGACUGCCAUUUCGUUGAGCAAUCCACAUAUAUCUCAUUCCCAUCAUGUGCCUGUCUACGCUUCAGGUGCAUUCUCCUCUGCGGCAGCUGGGACGAGCACUCCGAACUCUGGACUCUCUACACUGGCGGUUACCUCGCUGUCAACCUCGGCUGCUCCCCAACCGCAUUUCCCCCAGUCAACGCAGAUGCUCUCGCAGAGCGGUAACUUCUCGUCUGUGUCCCAUUUGCUGACCACGCACCCAAUGUCAUCGCAGAAUCAGCCAUUGGUUCGCUGCGGAAGUACACUAUACUCAUCUGCUUCUGCAUCUGCAUCUGCGCCCCCAUCUGCUGCUGCCUCCAACUUUACACCCUCGGUUCUUGCUGUGCAAAGUUUGACGACAGCGGUCACGUCGAGCUCGUCAUCUCCAUCUACAUUAUCAUCAUCUGUGAUCCAGAAGGUUAUUUCCCCCAAAGGAGAGAGUCCUUGCAAUAAAGAUCGGGAUUCCAGUUACAGUACAAAUAUCAGGUCGCAUGGUGCGUCAACAAUGUUGCCUGGCGCAUCCCAAGGCAUUGGCCUGGGAUCGUCAUUUUGUGGUAUCGCCCCAGGUCAAUAUGGAGGUACAGGUACCCCAGUAUUGUCGUCAAGUUCUUCAAUGCCGCCAGGACUGGGAAAUCUCUCCUCAUACUCAUCAAAGGCAGCACUGUGGUUGAACUCUCCUGCCAACGCAGUGGUGACGACAUGUGCUCCCUCCACGCCCAUAGUAUCGAGUGGAAGUGCCCGUCCGACUCCUCCGCUCUCCAACUGCACAAGCAUGGGAAUUGGCAUGGUGAAUGCGGCAUCGACAGCGAGAAGUUCUUGCAAUGCCAUAUCACCAUUAUCCAUCCCUGCAACCGCUGGUAUUCACGUGUCUGCAACAAAUCCCUCUUUUCAGUCUUCGUCAUCAUACUUCCCAACACCUUUAGCGCCGCCACCAUCCUCCCCAUCGCCAGCUACUUCUUCCGCGGCCAUCAUCAGCUCCUCAGCUACGCAAUUUCCAACAGUGUCGCAUUCGAUGAGCAGUAUUGUGACGACGGCAGGAGCCACUACGACCACGGCCUCAUCUAUAACGCAGCCCACGGUUGCGGCUAUAUCAAACCCAGUAACAAACACGCCGCAUCCCUUUUCUGCAGAAUCGCUUUUUCAGCCAAGUAAAAAUGAUCAAGCUGAUUUGCUGCGGCGCGAGCUAGAUAGUCGAUUUCUGGAUAGAUCUGGCUUGGCUGUUACCCCCACACCGCCAUCAUCAACAUAUUUACGAACUGAUCUCCAGCAUCAACAGCACCCACAUCUGCAUCAGCAUCCGCAGUUGCUUCCACCAGUAUCGGCUUCAUCAACUCCCCUAACUGCUGUGCAACCGAGUGCUGGACAAAUUUUUCCCCCGCCACUAUUCAAAGAUAUUUCUAAAAUCUCGUCCGUCGAUCCUCAGUUCUAUCGCACUGGCAUGGGAUUGCCGCCAGGAGGCUACACUGGAUACACCUCAACAGGCCUUUUACACAGUGGCCUCGGGGGCCCGACGCCGUUCAUGCCCCCCAACCACUUAACAUCCUUUGCUCCAAAGAAAACUGGUCGUUGGAAUGCCAUGCACGUUCGUAUUGCGUGGGAAAUCUACUACCACCAAAACAAGCAAAGCCCGGAGAAGCCAGGAUUUCCUACGGCGUCAUCGAACGCAGGAUCGAUUAAUGCACCGAUUCCUCCUGGUAACAUGAUCAGUGGAGGUGGUGGUGGUAUGGCCAGCGGAGCCAGCACUCCAGUGAACAAUGUGGCAGCUAUUCCGGCGAUCGGAGGUGGCGUCCUUGUGUCCAAUGGUCCAGCCUCAGUGCUUGGCAUGAAGACGACUCCAACUCUUGGCAUGAGUACGACGCCACAGCAUAUUCUGCAUCGUGCGAGUGAAAUGCCGCCAUCAGCAGCAUUUCCAGGUGGUCUGCCGGGUCGCUUAGCUUUUGAAACUUCUCCCCUGGCUGCGAGUUUCAUUGGAGCGCCUCCUAGUCAUAUUGGAACCGCAGUGUCUCCAUUUGGACGCUAUGUGACACCGUUUGGAUUCACAGGGCUAACGCAUUUCGGUGGCCACUUGGACUCGUGGAGAACAAAUGCCAUGCAACGGAGUGUCGCUUAUCAUCCUUCCUCCGCCGCGGCGUCCCCCAACUGGCCGGUGAAGUCCGAUCCUGGUCUGGACAAUGCACGCCGCGAGGCGGAGGAACGUGAGCGGGAACUGCGGGAUCGUGAGCAGCGGGAGCGGGACCGUCAGCGGCGCGAACGCGAGGAGCGGGAAAGGAAGGAGAAGGAGGAGAAACUGAAACGCGAACAACAGGAACGGGAGCGGGAACGAGAACGUGAUCGAAAGGAGCGGGAGCGCGAGCGAAGGGAAAUCGAGCGCCGGGAAAUGGAGCGCGAGCGGAUGUUGCAACAGCAGCGGAUAAACGAGAGCAACAAACAGGCAGCAGUCCAAGCUGCGGCUGCUGCGUCGGCGCCCGUUCGUGACCGUUCUCCACAUCGAAACGUGGGCGAGCUUAACACGGAGAUUCGAAUCAAGGAGGAGCAUCCGCGCACAAAGGACGAGCAGGAUGUAAUGCUAUUGCGAGCUUCAGCCGCGGCAGUCGGCGUUGGUGAUCCGCGCUACCAUUCCUCCUCUCUGGCCGCUGCACAAGCAAACGCAGCUGCGGCAGCGGCACACCAUCAUCAUGCCAACUUUAUGGCAGCCAGUCGACAUGGAUUGCCACCUCCACCCUCACACCUGACGCGUACCAUGAUGCCGCCCACACUGAGUGUCGGUGGGCCCAUCACGCACUUCGGUGCACCAGCGCCUCCUGGUUGGGGAAUAGAUCCGUAUCGCGAUCCCUAUCCCAUUCUCCGCUACAACCCCAUCAUGGAGGCUGCCCUGCGUCACGAGGCCGAGGAAAGGCAAAAGGCGAUAAAUAUCUAUGCAGCACAAUCGGCAGCUCAUUUGCGCAGCAAGGAGCCAAGUCCCAUUCCGCCUUCAGUUGGCUCCUUGGGGCCUCCGCCGCCGCAUCACCGGUUACAGAUAGUGUCAUCGGGAGUGCAGCAGCCCGGACCGCCAAAUCAGCAGCAACAGCAGCAGAUGUCUAGUGGCGGGAUGGUAAAGAACUCAGGGCCUCCGGCACCAGGAAGCAUUCCAGUUCAGCACAUGAUUAGCGUCGAUUCGAUGGGCCAGCAGUCUGUCACCGCCAAGAAGGAGGCGGACCACACGAUGGGCAUUGUGUCGAAUGCUGGUGUUGGCCUAAGUUCAGUACCUGGUGGUGUAAUCGGAAUAUCUCCAGUGUCAUCAGUGGCGCCAAGUCGAUGAUAGGCAAAACGUUACUAACACAAUUCUAGAAGCGAAUAAGACAAAGAAAUUUUCAAAAUUUCGAUCACCUCCACCAAAAUGUCAUGAAACGCAGAGUCCCAUCCUAAUUACCUCCUCCCAGCAUCAUUUUGAGCCUGAGAGAACACCAAUAAAUGAAGCGCAACGCUUUUGUAAACUAUAAUUCUUGAAAACACACAUUAAUUUGUAGCGUGAGGAGAUCGAUGAAGAUGUAGAUGCAGAUGCAAAUGCAGAUGUUUGUGGCAAACAAAAAUCAAAUUAAAAGAGGUUAAGACUUCCUUAUACUUCAGACCUAGCAUUCAACCUAAGCACUGAGUCCCACAUUGGCAAAAUACUUUCCUCGAUCUUAAUAUGGUCGCGCGUUGAAACGUCACAUAAGUAAUACGAACUUUACUUAUUUUUAAUAAAUACAAAUUACAAGCAUAAAUGUAACUUUAGGUUCGCGUAUUUAGUUUAAGUCUAUUUGUAUUAUUUGUAUAAUAUAAGCUUAAGAAAACAGCCAAGAGACAUGUUGAGCAAGAAACUAAUUAUAAUUUGAUUGUACAUAUACACAUAUACAAAGAACUCUCAUAGUUAUAUGACAUCAACAUGCAGCCUAUGGAAUCCAAACUAUCAUGCACAUGAUACAUAACUCUAUGUAUAUCAGUGACAGCUUCAUUCCCUUUGUGCAUUACGUGUUUAAGGACUAAUUAUCAUAUAUGCAAUUUAUGUAAAAAUUGAUAAAACUAAAAAUAGAAUCAUUACAAAGAAACAA